AGAAAUUGAGGAGAAUGAAACAGCGUUGGUUUGGACUUUGUUCAACAACGCCAACACACGUCUGUUGCUCUUUCACCUGUAGUUGUUCUCACUGAAACUACAUUUCUCACUUUCCGAGGGGGCAAAUACUGCAUUAAGAGUGGCUGGGGUUUCAUGAGAACCUUAUGGACCUCACAGCGACGGUGGAGAGGAUGGAACAUACUUCAGCGUCUGCUAGCAAUUUAUAUGAAGGCCACAUUGACGGUAAUGACUGAUAGGUUGAGCUCCCUGAAUGGACGUCGGCAGUACCUCCAACUAAAUCGGGCAGGUCCAGGACAAGGCUACACAAUGACAACAACUGAUUGGGAUUAUGACUAUCUGAUCAAGCUCCUGUCAUUAGGGGACUCUGGAGUGGGGAAAACCACGUUCCUCUACAGGUACACCGACAACAAGUUCAACCGCAAGUUCACUACUACAGUGGGAAUCGACUUCCGGGAAAAGAGAGUGAUGUAUUUGGGGACUGGCUCUGAUGGAACGACAGAGAAGACUUUUAAAGUGCACCUACAGCUCUGGGACACUGCGGGACAGGAGAGGUUCAGGAGUCUCACCACAGCCUUUUUCAGAGAUGCCAUGGGCUUCCUGCUCAUGUUUGACCUGACCAAUCAGCAGAGUUUUCUGAAUGUCAGGAACUGGAUGAGUCAACUGCAGGCAAAUGCCUAUUGUGAAAGUCCAGACAUAGUCUUAGUUGGCACCAAAGCAGACCUCAAAGACCUUAGAGACGUACAAGGCAAACAAGCCAGAGACCUGGCGGAUAGAUAUGGUAUCCCCUACUUUGAGACAAGUAGUGCCACGGGGGCUCAGGUGGACAGGGCAGUGACCACCCUGCUGGACCUGGUGAUGAGGCGCAUGGAGCAGAGCACAGCGGGGCCGGUGUCAGAGGCUGCCAACGGGAGCACCGGCCCUAACAACGAGGCGGUGCCCUCCACCAGCAGGCGGUGCGCCUGUUAGCAUGUCAGGCCCCUUAUAUGGACCUGCGAUUGGCUGCAUUCGUAAUGAAGGACGAUGCUUUCAGAUGUGUUACUGUUGUACCAAGGGAGUUUCAUGAUGCUGCAGUUAUCCCGAACAGUAUUGUCCUCUUACGCAGUGGCGUGUGUUUAUAUGCUGGAUUGAUAACUGUUGUGUUGACUGGUUAUUCAUUCCCAACCUGGUCAGCAUUGUCUGCACUACAUGGUAAUGACCAGAAAGAAGCAAUAAAACACGCAAUCACAAUAAUAAUAUUGAACUAUUAAAAGAAGGUGAAGGCACCUUUUCAAGCCAUUAUGUGUAAUAU